CACAGCGUCGUACGCUUCUAGAUUGGUUCCGGAAAGAGGAAGCAACACAGCUGAUCUUUGUACUACCUAGUAGCUCGGAUACAGCAGUUGAUAAAAGGCCCUACAUCAAUCUUAAUCUUUACUAGCUCGAACGGUUAUCAAGUUACACAGGAACCAUCAACGCAGUACAGAACCAUGGCGCCUACAAUUAAGAACGUUGCGCUCGCUGGAGUAAGUGUCUAAUGUGCCAUCGGAGGCAUCUAGUGGCUGACAUAUCAAGGCCGGUGGAAACCUUGGGCCCUCCCUCCUGAAAGAGCUCAUGGACUCCAACAAGUUCAACAUCACCAUCCUGACCCGCAAGGCCGGGUCCCAAAAGUUCCCUUCGGGCGUCAUGGUCAGGGAGGUCGACUACGAAUCCCUCGACUCCCUGACCCAGGCCCUCAAGGGUCAAGACGCUCUCGUCAACUCGACUAACAGCUUCGACCCCAAGGUCGCGACCCGCUUCGUCGACGCCGCCGCAGCAGCCGGCGUCUACCGCUACAUCCCACCUGACUUCGGCCUGGACCCGGAGCGCGCCCACGUGCCGAGCCUGCCCGUCUUCGGCAUCAAGACCCUGACGCGCCACCACAUGAAGCAAAAGGCCGCCGAGAACGACGGCAGGUUCACCUGGACCAUCAUCGCCAACGGCCCCUUCCUCGACUGGGGUAUCCGGUCCAGCUUCAUGGGCGUCGACGUCAAGAACAGGAAGCUCUCCCUCUUCAACGACGGCGAAAACGUCGUUCCCUACACGAUGCUCGCCGACGUUGGCAAGGCCGUCGCGGGCACGCUGCUGUAUCCCGAUGAGACGGCCAACAGGAUCGUCUACGUUCAAUCCACCGUCAAGUCGCAGAAGCAGAUGGGUACCCUUGCCCAGGAGGCCGUCGGAGGAUCGUGGGAUACCACCACCGUUGAUGUCGAUGCUAUCUAUGCCAACUGCAUAGAGUCCAUCAAGAAGGGCAUUAUGACACCCGAUGUCAUGUACCCGCAGCUCUUAUAUGCCUGUUCCAAGAAGGAGUUUGCUCAGCCGUGGGAGAAGAGCGACAAUGCGCUGUUGGGCGUGAAGGAGAUGAGCGAUGAGGAACUGAAGGCUGUUUGCAAGCAGAUCGCCUCGGAGUAGUUGAUUAUAA